CUUUCCCAUAUAUAAUGGCACAAACACCCCGUCCUAUUUAUCCCCGUUUUGUCCAAAUCUCAUGGGGGCAUUAUUGUCCCAUCACUUAUCCUCCGUGCCCUAAUUCGACGUUGUGCCAAACAGAUUCACAAAAAAGCAGCAGUUAUAAACAAUACUCGGAGCUACCCGAUAUUUUUCCUUCUUUCGCCUUUUUUUCGAUUUGAGGUUAGGGUUUCGUCAUCGGUGUUCGUUUUAUUUAGAGAUCCUUGAGAGAUUGGAAUUGGGAGCGAUUGUUAAUGGGAGUGCCGGCGUUCUACAGAUGGUUAGCGGAGAAGUAUCCGCUGAUUGUGGUGGACGUUAUCGAGGAAGAACCGGUGGAGAUAGACGGCGUCUCGAUUCCGGUGGAUACGAGUAAACCUAACCCCAAUAGACUCGAAUUCGAUAAUCUUUAUCUCGAUAUGAACGGGAUCAUUCAUCCUUGUUUCCACCCCGAAGACAGACCUUCGCCAACAACUUUUGAUGAAGUAUUUAAGUGCGUGUUUGAUUACAUUGAUAGAUUGUUUGUUAUGGUCCGUCCUCGAAAGCUUUUAUAUAUGGCUGUUGAUGGCGUUGCCCCUCGGGCUAAAAUGAAUCAACAGCGAUCUAGGCGUUUUAGAGCAGCGAAAGAUGCUGCAGAGGCGGCAGCUGAAGAAGCACGGCUUCGUGAGCAGUUUGAGAGGGAGGGCAGAAAGCUUCCUCCCAAAGAGGAAUCACAACUUUUUGAUUCGAAUGUUAUUACACCAGGCACUCCAUUUAUGGCUGUUCUGUCAAUUGCUUUGCAGUACUAUAUCCACCUGAGAUUAAAUUAUGACCCUGGAUGGAAAAAUAUUAAGGUUAUUCUAUCUGAUGCAAAUGUUCCUGGUGAAGGAGAACAUAAAAUUAUCUCGUACAUACGGCUCCAAAGGAACCUUCCUGGUUUUGAUCCAAACACACACCAUUGCCUGUAUGGUUUGGAUGCUGAUUUAAUUAUGUUGGCCUUGGCCACUCAUGAAGUUCACUUUUCAAUCCUCCGAGAGAUUGUCUUCACCCCUGGACAAGAUAAAUGCUUCCUAUGUGGUCAAAUGGGCCAUGUAGCGGCAAAUUGUAAAGGAAAGGAAAAGCGGAAGGCUGGAGAAUUUGAUGAGAAAGAUGAUGGAAAAGCUCUUCCUAGAAAGCCGUACCAAUUUCUGAACAUAUGGACACUUAGGGAGUAUCUGGAAUAUGAGAUGAAAAUCCGCAAUCCUCCUUUUGAAAUUGACUUGGAGCGCAUUGUGGAUGAUUUUAUAUUCAUGUGCUUCUUUGUUGGCAAUGAUUUCUUACCUCAUAUGCCUACACUAGAGAUUCGUGAGGGUGCAAUUAACUUGUUAAUGGCAGUAUACAAGAAGGAAUUUAGAUCAUUGGGUGGUUAUUUGACCAAUGGUAGCAAGCCAAAUUUGAGCAGGGUAGAGCAUUUUAUCCAGGCUGUGGGAUCCUAUGAAGAUAAAAUAUUCUGGAAAAGAGCACGAAUGCAUCGGCGCCAAGCAGAAAGAAUCAAGCGUGAAAAGGCCCAAACUAUAAGAGGAGAUGAUGCGGAGCCUCAAGUUCAACCAGAUUCUCUGGUUCCAGUGGAUAGAUUUCAUGGUUCCCGUCUUGCCUCAGGCCCUUCACCUGCACCAUUUCUGAAAACAAUGGAGUCUAACGGUAAUGGGUUCUCUGAUCGGCCAUGCAAAGUGCAGCGUUUAUCUUCAGGGGACACUAUUGGUGCUGCUAUUGUGGAAGCGGAGAAUAGUAUUGAAACAGAUGUACAGGAGAACAAAGAAGAAUUGAAAGCAAAACUUAAGGAGUUGAUCCGUGACAAAGCUGAUGUUUUUAAUUACAAAAAUCAUGAGGAAGACAAGAUUAAACUGGGAGAGCCAGGAUGGAAAGAAAGGUAUUAUCAAGAAAAGUUUUUGGCACAAACUCCCGAAGAAAUGGAAGCAAUACGAAAAGAUGUUGUCUUGAAGUUCACGGAAGGUCUAUGUUGGGUCAUGCACUAUUAUUAUGAAGGGGUUUGUUCUUGGAGGUGGUUUUAUCCUUAUCAUUAUGCACCCUUUGCAUCUGAUCUAAAGGAUCUUGGUCAGCUAGAUAUUAAGUUUGAGCUGGGCUCGCCCUUCAAACCAUUCAAUCAGUUAUUGGGGGUUUUUCCUGCUUCAAGUUCCCAUGCACUUCCCGAACAAUAUAGUAAAUUGAUGACUGAUCCAAAUUCACCAAUUAUUGAUUUUUAUCCAACUGAUUUUGACGUUGAUAUUAAUGGGAAGCGGUAUUCAUGGCAGGGUAUUGCAAAAUUGCCCUUCAUUGAUGAAGAGCGCCUUAUUGCAGAGGUUGCAAAAAUAGAACAUACUUUAACGGACGAAGAAGCACGGAGAAACAGUACAAUGUGUGACAUGCUUUUUGUGGCAUCAUCACACCGUCUCUCGGAACAAAUAUAUUCACUUGACAAUUGUCGUAAACAAUUGACAGGAAGGCAACGGAUUGAAGUCAAGGAGGAAGUCAAACUUGAUUUGAGUGAUGGGAUGAAUGGUUACAUAUCCCCUUGUGCUGGAGAUACUCACCCUCCUAUAUUCAGGUCUCCAAUCAAGGACAUGGAAGAUAUAUUGGCCAAUGAAGUCAUAUGUUGUAUAUAUAGACUUCCAAAAACUCAUAAACAUAUCACUCGUCCUCCAGCUGGAGUUAAAUUCCCUCCUAAGAAGGUGCAAUUCGGUGAUUUAAAACCUGAACCUGGGUUAUGGCAUGAAGAUUCUGGGAGGAGACCUUGGGAAAAUGGAAGGAUGUCUGCACAUGGUCUUCAUCUGAUGGAAAGGCAUAACCCUCCUGGAUCUGUUUCUGGCCGUAAGCUUGGGGAGGCAUCACACAGACUUAUUGCUAAUAGCUUACGGUUGAAGAUAGAUACUAAUGGCUUCAGUAAUAAUAUGCAAGCUCCACCACCAUCAUAUGCCACUGCUCCCUACAUCCCACCUGUCAAUUCCAAUGUAAAUUAUGGGUUUCAUAACCAGGGACAGCCUAGAAUGGUUCCUCCUAGCGAAGAUAAUUCUAGUGCAGGUUGCGCCUCAUCUCAGAAUCCUCCUUUGCAUCCUCCCAAUGCCCAUGGUUAUUAUCAUUUCCCAAUAAAAAACCAAGUAGCUGCCAAUAACCUGCACUACCCUCCUAGACAUUGUCAGAAUGGUGCAUCAAGGCACAUUCCCAGGCUUAUGACGCAAAUGUCAAAUGAAGCUGGUCCUUGUCCUUCUCAUCCGGGUAGUUACAAUGACAAACCAAGGUAUGGAACACAGUAUCAAACAAGUUUAAAUGACAGUUUUCAGCAGUGGGGUGGUAGAAUGGCUCCGCAUGCCAACCAGAAUGUUUCUGGAGGGUAUGUUGUACGUCAACAAAGUGGAGUUAAACAGGGUCUUCACAGAGGGCAUGACCAUCAGCGACGAAGAGGUAGCAAAUUGCAUCAUCAGAGGGGAGAUAAUCAGCAAAGAGGGAGCCGGCCACACGGGGGCAAUCAACAACACGGAAGCAACCGACAGAAAAAAGGCAAUCAACAAUUGAGAGGAAACCCAUUUUCUACGUUAGACAGAAAGGGUCAUAAGAGGCCACCAGUACCAGUUGAGAAUAACCACUGAAAGAUUCCUCUAACAACUAUUAGGUCUUGAUGUUUGAAUUGUUGUAUGAUAGUUUGUUCGAGUGGCCUAGGAUUCCUUUCUAGGAAAAGGUAAAAGAUGCCUAUUUCCGUUUUCAAGCAUUAUUUAAAUAAGGCUUUUUGUUUUUCGUUUUUUUUAAUAAUUCUUGCCCAAGAUUUUGGGCUGCUGCGUUAGUUUGUAAAAUGGGGCCUUUGUUGUUUCCUGGGACUAGGUUGUAAGAAGAAUGGAGAACGUGGCCCAAAGUUGGAAAAAUUUUAUCAUUUCUUUCUAUACAUCCAUUUUUUGUUCUUUUUA